AUGUUGACAAUACAAUCGAUGGAUUAUUUUCCUUACUACGAUCCAGCGUAUUCGGCAAAGCAGCAAACCUACCACCUACAUGACCACCAGCAGCCACAACAAUGGGUUGAGCAGCUCUGCACUCUACAAACAAUCAUUUCAUCCCCACCAUCUCCACUUCCAGAACAUCCCUUUCUCUUGUCUGCACCCAACGAUCUCUCCGUCAUGAGCCAGAAAGUGAUUAAAUUGCUGUGCUGUGGAAACACUAUUUGGGACAUGGAUAGAAUUGCAAAUUUCUCAAGCUUCUGUGAUCGAUUGAUGUUACAAAUUGACAUACCCGAAGCGGUAGUUUACACAAGCCUGAAAUACAUUCAACGUAUUCUGGCAAAUAGUGUAAAUGAAUACAAUUUAAUCGACUUGUCUGAUAUCGCACAUGAAUACUCAUUAUUUACUGUAUCACUGUCACUGGCGUACAAGUUUCUUGAAGACAACCCACCUUAUAUGCGUCAAUGGUCAUUUGUAUCCAUGAUCCCAAUAGAAGACCUAGUUCGAGUGGAAUCACAGAUGUUACAAAAACUAGACUAUUCACUUGAUAUUUCAAUCGAAGCAUUUAAUCAAUGGACCGAUCAAUGCAACGAGAUAUUCCACGGUAGUCAAGAUGUUUUAAAGUAUGAUUUGCAUAUGACUCGACAACGACUUGGAUGCAGCAUACUUUUACCGGUUUUAUUAGACGAUUUCUAUUUCAAUCAAUACCAACAGCAGCAGAUGAUGAUGCUGAUGCUGAUGCAGCCACAACAAGAAUUAUACACAGCAGAACAGCAUUAUGAUGAUCUGUAUUAUUAUGAUCUAAAUGAUACUAUGAUGACAACAGAUUACUAUUCGCAAGUACCGGUGCCAGUAGAUCCUUUGUGGUACUUGACACACAAUAAUAGCACUAUCUUUUAG